UGGUUGACCAGGUAUGAAAUGUGAUUAGGAAGAGAAUACGAGAGAGAGCUAAGCGUGAUGUCGAUAAAAUAAAAUAAAAUUUAUGUGGCAAAACGCACGAGCACUUGAAUCCUACGUGGCAAAUGAACUAACGGAUUGAAUUGGUCCGUGAGUUACAGUCGAGGAAAGAGCGGGUGGAACAAGAAAGAGGUCCAGCAAGACGGAGACCAAUCAAGCAAAGCCAACAGUACACACUUCGACGGCGAUUUCGUAGCGAAAUCUCCGUCUCCUUCCUUUAACCCCAUCUCUUCUUCUUCUUCUUUUGCUUUCUCAUUCGAAUUAACUUCAUCUCUUUGAUGGGAUUCAGCUUGUUUUCUCAAAUGUUAGUUUUUUCUUCAUUUGUUAUGCAGCAAGUAUUAAAAAGGUGAAGACUUUAUCAUCCUCUCAGCGGCUUGGAUGCUAACUGCAAACUAAUGGGGGAUCUUGUCAAGAGACAGUUUUGAUUGUUGAUGUACAUCAAAGCAAUCAUGAACAGACACAGGCUUCUCUCAGCGGCAACAGAUGAAUGCAAUAAAAAACUUGGUCAAGCUUGCUCUUCUUCUUUAUCUCCAGUCCAUAACUUUCUGAAUGUCCAGCCAGAACACCGGAAAACUCCUUUCAUAAGGUCACAAUCUCCAGAUUCACCUGGUCAGCUAUGGCCAAAGAAUAGUUCUCAGAGCACCUUCUCUCGGUCUUCCACCUUUUGCACAAACCUCUACUUGUCAUCAUCUUCAACCUCUGAGACUCAGAAACAUCUAGGAAACAGUCUUCCUUUCCUCCCUGAUCCCUCCUCUUACACCCACUCAGCUUCUGGUGUGGAGUCUGCAAGAUCUCCAUCUAUUUUCACUGAGGAUUUGGGCAAUCAAUGUGAUGGAGGCAACUCCGGGUCGCUUCUCAAAGACUUCCUUAAUCUUUCUGGAGAUGCUUGUUCCGAUGGCGAUUUUCAUGAUUUUGGCUGUUCGAAUGACAGCUAUUGCUUAUCAGAUCAAAUGGAAUUACAGUUCCUGUCUGAUGAACUUGAGCUGGCUAUCACAGACCGCGCUGAAACUCCCAGGCUUGAUGAGAUCUAUGAAACGCCAUUGGCGUCAAAUCCAGUGACGAGAUUGAGUCCAAGCCAAAGCUGUGUUCCUGGAGCAAUGUCUGUAGACGUAGUUUCAUCUCACCCUUCUCCGGGAUCAGCAGCCAAUCAAAAGUCGAGAAUGAGAUGGACUCCUGAGCUCCACGAGUCUUUUGUAAAGGCGGUGAUCAAACUUGAAGGGCCUGAAAAGGCCACUCCAAAGGCUGUUAAGAAGCUCAUGAAUGUUGAGGGCUUGACGAUCUAUCAUGUAAAAAGCCACUUGCAGAAGUAUAGACUAGCCAAGUAUAUGCCAGAGAAAAAAGAAGAGAAAAGGACUGAUAACUCAGAAGAAAAGAAACUGGCUUUGAGUAAGAGUGAAGCUGACGAGAAGAAGAAAGGGGCCAUACAAUUAACUGAAGCACUGCGUAUGCAGAUGGAAGUUCAGAAGCAAUUGCAUGAACAGCUGGAGGUGCAACGGGUGCUUCAGCUACGAAUUGAAGAGCAUGCUAAAUACUUGGAAAAGAUGUUGGAAGAACAACGCAAAACAGGAAGGUGGAUUUCUUCUUCUUCGCAGACAGUGUUAUCACCUAGUGAUGACUCUAUACCAGAUUCUCAAAACAUGUCCAAAACCAAAGCAUCUUCGCCUCAGCCGCCAUUACCUGCAGAGAACAAAGCGUCGGAAACCGAAGACGAUAAAUGUGAAAGCCCUCAGAAACGUCGCAGGCUUGAGAACAUAGCUGAAUCUGAAGAUCCUAAGAGGUAGUAAGAUUCUUCAAGUAUGUAAAUAUGGUCCGUUUUGUGUAAUUUAGUGAGAGAGAGAGUGUCACUCAAAAUAUAUGUUUGUAAUGUAGAUCUUUGUCAGAAACGUGUAAACUUAUUACGGAUAUUGAGGAUGUCACUGCCUUCACUGUGAGAAAAGAAUCUUUAAUUCUGUGUUUGUGUGUGUAUAGGUCACUGGUUAGUGAGAAAACUGAAGAGUUCACUUUCCAAUGUUUAUAUACAAGUUUGCUAAUAUCAAACGUGGAAGUCACUUUCCAUAAG